UCAACGUAUCCUUGCUCACUGUGUUUUCCUCUCUCUUUCCACACAGCAAUCAUGUCCAGUGGAGAUAAGUCCAAGACUUCUUCCCAGACCGAUGGGAAGGCUGCUCAGAGCAAGAAGUCUGAGAUGGGAAUGAUGGCUUACAAGAUGUAUGUCUUCGACCAGGAGAACUUCCAGGGUCGCGUGAUCGAGAUCAGCAACGAGUGCAUGAAUGUGUGUGAGAUGGGCAUGGACCGCGUGCGCUCCCUGCGCGUUGAGUGUGGACCCUUCGUGGGCUUUGAGCAAAUGAACUUCUGCGGUGAGAUGUACAUCCUGGAGAAGGGAGAGUAUCCUCGCUGGGACUCCUGGAGCAACUGCCAGAAGAACGACUACCUGCUGUCCUUCAGGCCCGUCAGAAUGGACCCCGAGAAGCACAAGAUCUGCCUGUAUGAGGUUGGAGAGUUCAAGGGCCGCAAGAUGGAGAUCAUGGAUGACGACGUUCCCAGCCUGUUCUCCUACGGCUUCACCGACAGAGUGGGCAGCAUCAUUGUCAGCUGUGGAACCUGGGUGGGAUACCAGUUCCCUGGAUACCGUGGAAGCCAGUACCUGCUGGAGAAGGGCGAGUUCAGGCACUUCAAUGAGUUCGGCGCCCGCCAUCCUCAGUUCCAGUCCGUGAGGCGUAUCCGUGACAUGCAGUGGCACCAACAGGGCUGCUACACCAUGGCCAGCAAAUGA